UGUUAGCCUCGGUGUGAUUAGAGACGCACCGGCUCGUCCUCCUCCCGGUGCUGUUCGGACGGAUCUGACCCGCUGAGACUCUCCCUGCCGCCCAAACACACACCACACACACACAGUCCAGACGUGCUGUGACUCCAGAAGUGAAGAUGAUUAAGCUGUUCUCCCUGAAGCAGCAGAAGAAAGACGAGGAAUCUGCAGGAGGCAACAGGAGCGGCUCCGGGGGGAAGAAAGCCAGCGCGGCCCAGCUCCGGAUACAGAAAGACAUCAAUGAGCUGAACCUGCCAAAGACGUGUGAGAUCAACUUCCCCGACGACGAUGACCUCCUCAACUUCAGACUCAUCAUCUCACCGGACGAGGGCUUUUACAAAGGAGGAAAAUUUGUCUUCAGCUUUAAGGUAGGACAGGGUUACCCCCACGACCCCCCCAAGGUAAAGUGUGAGACGAUGGUGUACCACCCCAACAUCGACCUGGAGGGAAACGUCUGCCUAAAUAUCUUAAGAGAGGACUGGAAGCCGGUGCUGACAAUAAACUCCAUCAUCUACGGUCUACAGUAUCUAUUUCUAGAGCCAAACCCUGAGGAUCCAUUGAACAAAGAGGCGGCUGAAGUUUUGCAGACGAACCGGCGGCUCUUUGAGCAGAACGUCCAUCGCUCCCUGCGUGGCGGCUACGUGGGCGCCACCUACUUCGAGAGGUGUCUUAAAUAACUCGGCGUCCCACGAUCCUCCAGCUCCCUCACUCCCCCCCUCCCCCACCCCCCUCCUCCUCCUCCCCCCCCUCCCCCAGUUACUCCUCAGUCCUGCUCGUUGGCAGAAGCAGCGACAGAAAGCAGCACGCCAGAAGACGCUUUUCUGUUUUAAAACAAAACAAAAGAUGAUGAUGAAAAAACACCCCCCCUCCUCCUCCUCCCCCCUCCUCCUCCUCCCCCCCCCCCCUAUAUUUCUCUUUACUUCCAAGACGCAGAAUUCUACCGUUUACACGCCACCAGGGGGCGCCGACACACCUGACUGGACUCGAAAACACGGCCAACGGCGAGCAGUGGCCGAGGGUUAGGAUGGAGGGGGGAGGGGGGGUGGGGGGGGGUGAUCAGUGAAUGUUGCUCUGUUGAUUUGAUGAACGCCACAACGCUGAUGAUGAUGAUGAUGAUGGUGAUUAUGAUACCUACAUGAUUUUUUUUUUUUUUCGGGGGGUUUUAGCGUGUGGCGUCGACACCUGCCGGCGGUCAGGUGUUCAGAAGGACACGCCCCCCCUCCCGCUCGCCACGACCACGCCGGCCGGCAGCAAACUCCAAACUCACAAACCGCGUUCGAUCCGUCCACUCAGGACUUUCUGUGCUCAGCAUCCUUCGACUAAUAGAGCUGGUUGCCCCGGCAACCCUAGAGCGGCUUUAGCGCGCUGGAUACCCCGGCAACCUCACGGUAACGGCGAGAGUUUGCUAAGAAGAAGAAG